UUGAACUUUUUAGGUUAUCUUGACUGUUAACAACAUUCGAUAAAUAAUACAUUGUACCUUAAUUUAUAGUAUUCCACUAUUAUACCUCUAAUAAAACUUGGGUUCAACCCUGUUGUAUAGUGUAAUCAUGUCUUUAAACGAUUUAGACCCUUAUUAUAUUAAAUCUAUCAGUGCUCUUCAUUCCUACAGUUUUUUAAGUGGUGAACCGUGUGAUUUACAAAUAUAUCUGGAAGAUGCAAUAAAAAAUAAAUCGGGUUUAAAUAAGGAACUGUCGAGUAUUAUUUCUACUGCUGUUAAACAAAAUAGGCUAGAUGAAAUUAAACCUCAUAUUAAUGUGCUAGAAGAAAGUAAGACUGCCUCUAGUUCAGAUAAUGAAUUGGAAGAACUCAUGGAUCUCAUGUGUAUUGUUUGCAAUGAAAUGGAUGUAGGUGCAAGAAACCGCCUAUUGGAAUGCAGUGGUUGCCAUGCUCUGUAUCACCAAGAGUGUCACAGACCUCCCGUUACUUCAUUAGAGUCAGAUGGUACAUGGGUUUGUCAGAAUUGUAAGGAUGCUAAAAAAUUAAAGAGAAGUCCUAUGCAUGCAUCUCCAUCUAGGGUUCCCUCCCCUUUGUCAUCUUCUUCAUCUAAGUUGAAACUUUCAACCUCUCAGAUUAGAAGCAGUACUUCACCUUUGUAUAAAAGUGGUGGAUCUAAUAAGUCUUCACCAAUUUCUUGGGAAGAAACAUCAGGCAAAUUAUCUCAUUCUGGAAAAUCUCCUUCUAAUAUUUCUUCUUCAAACUGCGUGACUCCUAAUAUUAAUAUCAUAAGUGCAGACAAAAGACUUCAAAUUAUAAAAAAGAAAGCUGCUAAAUUUCAUGACAAGCGUAAAUAAUAAGUUUUAUUACUUUUAUAUGUUGUUACAUAAUGAGUACUAAUAAAUGUAAUAUAUUUAUAACUGUUUAGGAUUGUCUAGAUAUUAUCACAUUAAGUUAUAAACAUAAUUGUAAUUUAAACUUUUUAAAAAAUUAAAA